AUGUGGCUGAAAACCAAGUAUGUCAGAGAGGCACACGAGGUGUUUGUUUGUUUAAGGUAUGCUUUGGGAACGCCAGCUUGUUCUACGAACCAAACUCUACUUUCUGCUGAAAUUCCAGCGAAUGAUGGUUCAUCGAACAUCAUUCUUGAGCCGAUGUUCAGCCCUGAUCAGUUUAAAGCAGCCACCCCGAGCGUGGAAUUUUCUUUGAUGUGUGAACGACAACGGGCGACUGUGGUAAGCGGAGUCACGGACUAUGCAGUAGAUAAAGAUGGAUCCACGUUAAUGCUAACAACAGGAGAGCAAGCCUUCAGGUAUGAUGGUAGCCUUUCUCCUCUAGCAAUUGGAAGCACUGCCAGUGGUUCGGGCACAUCUUGCGGCUUUGUGUUCGACACACAGUUUUGUCCUUCUGAUUCAAAACUUGUCUCCUACGUACUCAAUAAGCAGGUAUGA